UGGCAAUUCAAAUCUAAUUCACAGUCUUCCAAUUGAAGAGAUCUUAUCCUUAAAGUUUCUAAUUCCAUUUGUUUAAUACCUACUACCCCCUUCCAGUUCAAUCCAAUUCAAUCUGUCAGUAUGGCCGACGAAGACCUCGACACUGGCGACAUGUUCAACGACCCCGAGGGGUUCUACCCUCCUGAAAAAGAACCCAGCUCUGCAGAGCAUCGCAUGCUCUCAGGGCAAGUAGUGCGUGUUCGCCUUGUUGGCAGCCACCCUCUUUAUGGAAACAUGCUCUGGAACGCCGGUCGCAUAAGCUCAGAAUACAUUGAAACGCAUGCCUCCACCCUUAUCACCGGGAAAGAUGUUCUCGAGAUAGGUGCCGCAGCGGGAGUUCCUAGUAUCGUUAGCGCUAUCAAAGGCGCGCGCACAACCGUGAUGACCGACUACCCGGAUCUCGAUCUCGUCGAUAACAUGCAGAAGAAUGCCGAUGCGGCUGCCUCAAUGAUACCCACCGAUCCCCCUUCCUCUUUGCACGUCACCGGGUAUCUAUGGGGUAGCUCUGUUGAGCCGCUUCUAGCUUAUCUACCUGAGGAUUCAAGGUCGAAGGGAUUUGAUGUGCUCAUUAUGGCGGAUGUGGUAUAUAGUCACCGCGAACAUGGGAACCUGAUUAAGACAAUGCAGCAAGCUCUUAAGCGGGAACGUGAGGCAGUUGCAUUGGUGAUUUUUACACCAUAUGAACCUUGGUUGCUACCAAAGACGGAAAAGUUCUUCCCUCUGGCAGAACAGAGCGGAUUCAAGGUGACAAAGGUGUUUGAGCAGAUAGUGGAUAAGGUUCUGUUUGAAAAUGAUCCUGGGGACGAGAAACUACGAAGAACCGUUUUUGGGUAUGAGAUUCGAUGGGCUGAUGAGGAGCUAAAAUAGACGAAGAUACCACUGAUAUGUUGCAUUUAUGACAGUUAGAUAUAUAGAGGGAUUUGUUGAUACUGCAGUUUGUAGUGUCUCGCGUUAAAGAAAAGUUCUACCAAGGUACUAUGUAUGUAUAGAUGAUAAUC